AUGACCUGUCUGGUCUUGUCGUCUCUCAGCUACUCGCAUCCCCUUCCUCACCCAGGGUCGAUCCAGCCACGAUCUCCCAGUCCUGCAAACUACCCCGGCAGCGACGACAUCGUUAGCGACGUUCUAUCCUCGCUCGGCUUCACCCACCUCGCCAAACUCAACCACUGGAAGAGCUGGCAAGACGCGAAUGUCAUCGACGACAGCAACUCCACGACGCCCACCUCAACCGAGCACGGAAACCAGAACACCAACACCAAGGACGUGACGAAAGAAGAGCAAUCGGACAUCCUCAAUCCUGCCACGGACCCCUUUGGCUUCGUGAGCGGUAUCUUUGAUUUCCUGUCGCAUCGGUUCUCGGAGGCCAAGAACAGCAGGGAUGAGCAUACGCUGAAUUAG